AGGACAGAAAAUGGCGACGGCGGGGAGCCGGACCUCGUCUUUAAGCGGAUUAUUAGACUCCAGUAACGGCAUCAGCGUCUGGAACGGACCUCAGGGAAGCUCCAGCGGCUCCGGUCUUCCGAACAUCAGCGGGAAAGUGAGAAGAAAUGCAGAGGAAAGUUCGCAGUGGAGGCGAAAGGUGAGAAGUGUGGAUCUGGAUAAAUGUGAGAGCGGGACGGCAGCGCUGCACUUCCUCACGGUGUCCGGUCCCGGCUCGGUUCAGAGCGCGUUACUGCAGCAAAGCCUCACCGAACCGCCGCUCGGCGACAGAACCAACAAUAAUCUGUGUAACAUUGCUCAGGAAUGGAUGAAUAACUCUUUGAAGAGCAGCAGCGAAGGUCCGAGCGAUGAACAUGGAGGAAUUGCUACAGUGGAUGUGAACACUUCACACAACAGUCGUGACAUGGACAAUAAGGAGACUCUGCGUGGGCUGCAGAAGAUGGAGGACCGGCCAGAGGAGCGUUUGAUUCGAGAGAAGCUCAAGGCCACCUGUAUGCCCACCUGGAAGAGUGAGUGGCUGGAGAGACGUAGCAGGAGAGGGCCGAUGGUCGUGAAGCCCAUUCCUCUGCGAGCAGAUGGCACUGAAGUUGGCAGUGACAGUCACAACUCGUCUUCAUCUCACAGCAGAACUCAUCGUAGCCCGUCACCUGGACCAUCAUCUUUCUCUGCCUCCUCAUCCUCUUCUUCAUCCACUAAGACUGCUGGGAAGCCUGAUUCUCCCAGCCUGCGCAGACGUAGGGGGUCUCCGGUUCCUAGCGGAAGGGUCACACCCCCUCGGAGAGCACCCUCCCCCGAUGGCUUUUCACCAUACAGUCCAGAGGAGACCAACCGCAGGGUCAACAAGGUCAUGAGGGCACGCCUCUACCUGCUGCAGCAGAUAGGACCUAAUUCAUUUUUGAUUGGCGGAGACAGUCCUGACAACAAAUUCCGGGUGUUCAUUGGUCCACAGACUUGUAGCUGUGGCCGCGGGACUUUCUGCAUCCACGUACUGUUCGUCAUGCUCCGAGUUUUCCAGCUAGAGCCAUCAGAUGCACUGCUGUGGAGGAAGACCCUCAAGAACUUUGAGGUGGAGAGCUUAUUUCAGAAGUAUCACAACCGCCGCAGCUCGCGCAUCAAAGCUCCCUCUCGCAGCACCAUCCAGAAGUUUGUGUCUCGCAUGUCCAACUCUCACACUUCAUGCGCCUCCAGCAGCUCCCCAUCUAGCAAUGAAAGCAGUAUGAAGGACGAAGAGGAGCAGAUGUGUCCUAUCUGUCUGCUGGACAUGCUGGACGAGGAAAGUCUGACGGUGUGUGAAGAAGGCUGCAGAAACAAAUUGCACCAUCACUGCAUGUCUAUAUGGGCAGAGGAGUGCCGGAGAAAUCACGAUACAUUAAUCUGCCCUCUGUGUCGAGCCAAGUGGAAGUCUCAUGAUUUUUACAGUUAUGAUCAGUCAUCUACAGUGGAAAGCACAACAAGCCACUCUCAGAGUCAAACAGCUUCUUCCUCCUCUUCAUCUCUACAUGCUGAGAGCUCUAGAUGGGGGCAGGACAGCAACUUCUCUCUUCCACAAUAUGGAGCUCAGCACAUCCCUCAAACAUACUCUGAGCUUGCCGAACCCUGGAUCAAGGUGUUUGGUUUAGAGCUGGUGGGCUGUCUCUUUUCCCGUAACUGGAACAUCAGGGAAAUGGCUCUUCGGCGGCUGUCACAUGACGUGAGCGGUGCUCUCCUGCUGGCCAACGGCGAGCACUCUUUGGCCGGAGCGGGUGCAGGGGCAGGACUGGGUACAGUCGCAGUGGAGGUGUCGGGAGACGUAGUGGUGGAGUCCUGCUGUAGCGUCUUGUCCAUGGUCUGUGCAGACCCUGUCUACAAAGUCUAUGUCGCCGCACUGAAAACCCUGCGAGCGAUGCUGGUGUACACCCCUUGUCACUCUCUCUCAGAGCGCAGUCGAUUACAGCAGCUGCUGCGGCCCGUGGUGGAGACCAUACUGGUCAAGUGUGCAGACGCUAACAGUCGAACCAGUCAGCUGUCUGUAUCCACUCUGCUGGAGCUGUGUAAGGGUCAGAUGGGUGAACUCACUGUGGGGAGAGAAAUCCUCAAAGCAGGCUCUCUUGGUAUUGGUGGAGUUGAUUAUGUGCUGAACUGUAUUUUGGGCUCUAAAACGGAGGCUAAUAACUGGCAGGCGCUGCUGGGUCGACUGUGUCUGAUCGACAGACUCUUACUGGAAUUUCCUGCUGAAUUCUACCCUCAUAUAGUGUCAGCUGGAGAAUGCAGCCAGGCCCAAAACAUUGUGGAGAGGUACCAGAAGCUGUUGCCUCUUUUAAGUUUUGCACUGCAGUCCAUCGAUAACUCUCACACGAUGGUGGGUAAGCUUUCUCGUCGUGUCUUCCUGAGCGCUGCUCGUAUGGUGGCUCGUGUGCCUCAUGUCUUUGUUAAGCUACUGGACAUGCUCAAUGUCACCAGCUCCACUCACUAUGCCCGCAUGCGCCGCCGUCUCCUCGCCAUUGCUGAGGAGAUGGACAUCCUGGAAGCCAUCCGUAUGGGCCUAGAAGACCUCCAGACUGAGCACAGCUCGCACUCAGAUGCCUUCCAAGAACCCUCAGCCCCAAAUAACUCCCCCUGCACCACUGAAAGAAACUCCCCCACCCAUGGCCUACAGCAGCCCACUGCCAAGGUGGCUCGUCCAGGUCAAGUUAGUUCCAAUACUGUAGAUGAUAUAACAGAGAGACUCUCAAACGUUGUCACAAGCCCUGCUGAAUUUCCAAAGCCCCCCAUUCAAGCCCGAAACAGACCUACGAGUCAAUGUUUGAACUCGCCCUCAUCCAGUCAUCCCCCGACCCUUACCUCGUUGGCCAAUGCCUCAGCCUUCCCUCCAGACAACCCCAAAGCCCUGCCACAUAGUUUCAUGCCCAGCAAACUGGCCCAGUCUUCACCGGGAACCCAGCGCAAGUUGUCGUUGCAGAAGGGAGUUAGCGGAGGGAUUUGUAGCAGUAAGGACCCAGAGAAGCUGCCAAGCUCCUCUGUGUUUACUCGAGCUCUGCUUCUGCCCUCGAGUCAUAUCCAUUGGCCCAGACCUACGCGACCUUCUCCUGCUGCCUCAUCUAAUGGAGCUAAAGCUUUAAGCCCAGGGACAAAGAGCAACAUGAAACUGGACCUUCAGGAGGUCAGGUCUGGAGACAAUGUGGCUUGCAGAGGAGGAUGUACGUUUACCCCCAGCGAGGACACAGUCUUCACUCCAGUGGAGGAGAAGUUCUGUGAUCUCGAGGCUUCGGCCGAGCUCAACUCUAGCAUGGAGGACCUGUUAGAAACCUCCACACCUGCGGUGGACACCACUGUCACCUUCCAGUCCGAAGUGGCAGUGCUGUCACCGGAGCAGGCAAAUACAAAUGAUGACACGUACAGUGAGGAUGUGACCCAGAACCAGAAGUGCAAGGAGAAGAUGGAAGCCGAGGAGGAAGAGGCCCUUGCGGUGGUCAUGGCCAUGUCAGAGUCACAAGAUGCCCUGCCCAUCAUCCCACAGUUACAGGUGGAGAAAGGAGAGGACGUGAUCAUUAUUCAGGUGGAUACAACAGAGACUCUGCCUGGUCAUACCAAAGCAAAGCAGCCAUACAGAGAGGGCAUGGACUGGCUCAAGGGUCAACAGAUCGGCCUGGGUGCCUUCUCCUCAUGUUACCAGGCUCAAGAUGUGGGCACCGGCACGCUAAUGGCUGUCAAACAGGUGACAUAUGUGAGGAACACCUCCUCAGAGCAGGAAGAGGUGGUGGUGGCGCUGCGAGAGGAGAUUCGAAUGAUGGGCCUCCUCAAUCACCCAAACAUCAUCCGGAUGCUUGGAGCAACCUGUGAGAAGAACAACUACAACCUUUUUGUCGAGUGGAUGGCAGGUGGUUCUGUAUCUCAUCUUUUAAAUAAGUAUGGUGCCUUCAAAGAGGGUGUGGUCAUUAACUACACUGAGCAGCUUCUACGAGCUGUCGCCUACCUCCACGAGAACCAGAUCAUCCACCGGGACAUCAAAGGUGCCAAUCUACUAAUUGACAGCACAGGCCAGAGGCUGCGGAUUGCUGAUUUUGGGGCAGCGGCGCGAUUGGCCUCUAAGGGCACAGGUGCUGGAGAGUUCCAGGGUCAGCUCUUAGGGACCAUCGCCUUUAUGGCUCCAGAGGUGUUGAGAGGGCAGCAGUACGGGCGCAGCUGUGAUGUUUGGAGUGUGGGUUGUGCUAUUAUAGAGAUGUCCUGUGCUAAACCUCCAUGGAAUGCUGAGAAACACUCCAACCACCUGGCACUCAUAUUUAAGAUUGCCAGCGCUACCACAGCACCCACUAUCCCCCUGCACCUGUCACCCGGACUGCGGGACGUCACCCUGCGCUGCCUCGAGCUUCAGCCCUCUGACCGGCCGCCCUCCCGAGAGCUGCUGAAGCACCCCAUCUUCCGCCACAACUGGUAGAAUCUGUCGGCAGAUGCCAAGACGUCAUACUACUGAGGGCCGUGUCUGGCCUGUGCCUCGUACUGCUGUCAUCUUCUGUGCUAGUUCAGUCACAUUCAACUGGCCCCUCAGUACUGUAUCUUCUGCACAAGGCUGCAGGAAUAAGAGUGUCUGUAUAAAAGUGACGUUUCUGUGCACUGCAUUCUGUUUUGUUAGAUCUCUUCAUUCAUUUAUGCAUUUAGCUGACAUUUUUAUCCAAAGUGACUUGCAAAUGAAUUUUCCUACCAGAAUGGGUGUAAAUCAGGGCAUCUUUAUUCUUAGAGCGAUCCAAACAUUUUGGUCAGUUAAAAUGGGCAAAGAACACUUUUAGAAGAACAACGAGUAGGUUUAGUGGCUCAUUUGUGAAAGGAAUUGUUUAGCCAAAAAUUACAAUUCUGUCAUCAUUUACUCACCCUCAUAUUGUUCCUAACCCAUAUGCUAGUAUUUCUUUUCUGUGGAACAGAAAAGUAGAAAUUUCAGAAGAAUCGUUAUGCAGGACCAUCUAGUCCUCUGCCGAUGGCACGUCUCGCCCAUAUUCGCAUCUAGAAUUAAAAAAUGCUGCGGCACGUUCAGUUAUUACACGUUAACAAUGCUGUUUUGGCAACAAUGACGCCAGAUAGGCAAGCUUCAGCAGAGGGCAAGGUUAUCAGUGAAUAUUGACUUAUUAACCUAUGACUUCAGAAGAAUUUGACAGAUGUGGUCACUAUGAACUGUUGUUGUUUGGAAAAGAGCUACGUAUCGAUUCUCCAAAAACAUUCUUGUGUUUGUAUUUUUGAGGAAAUAAUGGCAAAAAUGUUAUUUUGGGGUUACUUUUCCUUUUAGGUUCUCUGUUCUGUGGUGUAUAGUCCAGUUUCUGGUUCCUGGAGCAGUUGAAAGAACAUUCUAGAAGCAGCAAGGGAGUUUAAUGGCUUAUUUGUUAAAUUUGUUAGCAUGUACAAGUUACGCUAAUUUGACAGCAUUUGUGGUAUAAUGUUGAUUACCACAAAAAAAAUCAUUUCGACUAAAAAUCUGGGUUACAGUGAGGCACUUGCAAUGGAUGUGAAAGGGACCGAUCUGCUAACGUUAAAAUACUCUGUUUCAAAAGUAUAGCUACAGAGAAAAUCACUUACUAACCUUUUCUGUGUAAAGUUGUAAAAUUGGUUAUAACUUCUUUUCCAUGACGAUGUGAAGAUGUAAACCCUAAAAUGGCUGUAAAAUUAUGAUUUAAACAACUUAACAGCUGAAAUAAUACACAAGUCUUAACAGGAAAAUUAAUGUAAGUGCUUUUAUAAAAUUAUAAGCUUCAAGUUUUUGCCCUAAAACCCUCAAAAAAUUGGCCCCAUUGACUUUCAUUGUAAGUGCCUCUUUGAAACCUUGAUUUUUGCUUUUUUAAUUUAUUUAUUUAUUUUUUUUCUUAAAAGAGGGAGGAGUCAAAAAUAUUUGUGUUAAUCAACAUUAUGCCACAAAUUCUGUUGAUUGAGCUCAACUUGUACUGGACCCGGAAUAUUCCUUCAAGUCCUCUCACAUUUAACACUUAAUUUUCAUGCAGUCAUGAAUGUUUUGGAGAAAGGCCAAACUUUGCUAGUUGAACUAGCAUAAUGCUGAAUGUGAAUUCUUAUGAUGCCGUUUUGGCUUUCAUUUCUAAAUGGAGAUCAUAUGCAUUUAAAUGUAUGCUUUUACAUGUUUUAGUUUACUGAAUGUUAUUGCGAACUGGUUUAGAGCUAUCGCCCAAUUUUAGACUGUGAUAUGUGUGUUUUGUUUUACACAUUUGAAAGUCUCACUGGAACACUAUUUCUGAUCUCCAACUUUGUUCGCUGCUUUUCAAUUUAUAUGUUGUGAUUCACUUAUUUAAUUAUUUUGGAUGUUGACUCGUGAUUCAGUUGAAUUUGACAUUUCAUUUCCUGUUCAGCUGUUAUUUACGGAUUAGCCAUUAUAUUGGUGCGGUUCUUUUCACUUUCAUGAAAUUCUGACUGACUUUUUGUAAAUGAUUUGAUUCAAAACUUUUAAGCUUCUUUCCAUACAUGUUUGAAAGGUUCAGUGACCUGAGGAUGUCUAGUUGACCUCCAGGUUUUAUUUACUCUAUUACAACUGUACACCGAUCAGCCACAACAUUAAAACCACAUGCCUAAUAUCGUGUAGGUCCCCCUCGU